CGGAGGGGCGGUACCGGGGGCGGUGCCGGUAGCACCGGCGGGCGGAGCGGGCGCGGCCAUGGCGCUGAACCUGGCCAAGAACGGGCGGGCGCUGCAGGAGGCCUACGGGAGCGUGGUGGCCGCGGGCAGCCGCACGGACUGGGCUCUCUUCACCUAUGAAGGCAACAGCAAUGACCUGCGAGUGGCUGGCUCUGGAGAUGGGGGGCUGGAGGAGAUGGUGGAGGAGCUCAACAGCGGGAAGGUGAUGUACGGCUUCUGCCGCGUGAAGGAUCCCAACUCGGGGCUGCCCAAAUACGUCCUGGUCAACUGGACGGGGGAAGGUGUCAAUGACGUGCGGAAAGGAGCCUGCGCCAACCACGUCAGCACCGUGGCCAACUUCCUGAAGGGGGCUCACGUCACCAUCAAUGCCCGGGCAGAGGAGGACGUGGAGCCCGAGCUCAUCAUGGAGAAGGUGGCCAAGGCCUCCGGGGCCAACUACAGCUUCCACAAGGAGAGCAGCAAGUUCCAGGACUCGGGGCCCCAGGCUCCCGUGGGCUCUGUGUACCAGAAGACGAACGCGAUGUCUGAGAUCAAGAGGGUCAAUAAGGACAAUUUCUGGGCCAAAGCAGAGAAGGAUGAGGAGAACCGGCGGCUGGAGGAGAAGAGGAGGGCGGAGGAAGAGCGGCAGCGGCUGGAGCGCGAGCGGCGCGAGCGGGAGCUGCAGGAGGCAGCGGGCCGGGAGCAGAUGUUCAAAGCCAGAGCCAGUGAAAUCGAAGCCCAGAAGAGACUGCAGCAGCAGCAGGAGGCUGAGAACAGGGACAGGGAGCAGCAGCAAUGGAAGGAGCGCGCCGAGGAGCGCAGGGGCGUCAGGAGGAGCGAGUCGGUGGAGAAAGCCCAGGAGGCGGCCACGCUGAUCGCGCAGAGAGCCGUCAACCCCCGCGACAUCUUCAAGCAAAGGGAGAGAGCAGGGCCGGGGGACACGGGGGUGCCAGCACAGCCAGGGAAGCUGCGCAGCCCGUUCCUGCAGAAGGAGCUGAACACCGUGCCCAGCCCUGCCUCCGCCAGCCAGGAGCUCUGGGCGUCCCCCCCGGCCUCCCCAGGGCCCGCAGCAGGACGAGACUCUGGGUACAAUUCUGGUGUGCCAGGGUCCCACGUGGAGGAGAAUCUGUACGAGGAGCCUCUGGAGCCCUCAGCCAUCUACGAGGAGCCCCCCCAGGAACAGGUUGACGAUGCCAAAUACGACUACAGGGUGGAAUACCAGGAGCCUCUGGACCUGGCGGGGAAGGGGCUCUGUGCCCGGGCACUCUAUGACUACCAGGCUGCUGAUGACACCGAGAUCUCCUUCGAUCCUGAGAACAUCAUCACCAACAUCGAGAUGAUCGACGAGGGCUGGUGGCGCGGCUACGGCCCUGACGGCCACUUCGGGAUGUUCCCGGCCAACUACGUGGAACUGAUAGAGUAGGGGAGCUGGUGGGGGCUGCUGGGGGGCUCCAGACCCCUGGGACUGCUCCAGGCUCCGAGACCACCCAGCUGCUGCCUGGCUCUUCAAACGACACGUGGCUUUUUCUUCUUCUCCAUUUCUCUCUCUCUCUCAGUGAAGUGCCAUUCCCCAGCCCCCCGGGCGCUGCCCCCGUCCCCCAGAGCUGCCCUUGGGUGGGUGAAGGAAGGGUCCCAUCCCACCUGGGAAGGAGGGCGUGACAAAUCCCUCAUGGGAAUUUUCAGGGAACAAAUUUACCUCCCCCCUUUGCUCCCUCCCACCCCGUGACCUUGGACCUGCUGUAGCCACACUGGAGAAGCCAUUUUCCCAAAUUUUUUUUUUUUUUUGGAAAAGCUCAUCAGAAUAAUUUUGGGAUCCUGCAGGGUCUGACAUGACCAGGGCAGGUGAAUCCCCAGCACCCUGAGCACUCUCAGCUUGCCAGUGUGACCCUGUGUUCUCCCUGCUCUCCCCAUUGUUCCCUCACCCCAAACAUGCUCCGGGGAUUUGAACUGGGAAUGAAAACCUCCCCUGCAGUGCAGCUCCAGCCCGGCCAAGCGUGUGGGACCCCCCUCCCCACCCCCAAACUCACUGUGAACAAGGAAAAGCCCAGCCCAGCCCCUCCCUGGCCGAGUUUCCUGCCCUGGUGUCACUUUAGGAAUAGAAGGAGGGAAAGGGUUGGGGGGUCCCAGCUCACCCACCCCUCCUGCAGGUGCUGGGGGGCUUCUCCAAGGGCCUCCCCCGAGCUCCUCCUUCUCCUUGCUCCCCGGGCCCUCCCCAGCAAGAAUAAAAGGGCUUUUCUUUGGUGA